CCAACGUGCAGUCGAGUACGCAUCAAACCGGUCUGACUUGACAACAAACAUGGCUCCAAGUGGGAUGGAACGGCUCCAGAAAUUGAUCUACGACGCAUUCGUGGCCAUCUGUUUCGCCAUAUAUCGCUUCGUGUUUGCCCGACCCACCGAGAAUAAGAGAAAGAUCCCGCCGGUCAGCAACCCGCUCCUGGCCGUGUCAGCUACCCAACUUGCCGGGAGGAUCCGGCGACGAGAGGUUUCCAGCGAGGAGGUGGUGCAGGCUUACAUUGACCGGAUUCAGCAAGUCAACCCUUUGGUGAACGCAGUGGUCAAAGACAGGUUUUCUGCCGCGCUCCAAGAAGCGGCCCAGGUCGAUAAACUGAUUGAUGAGGAACCAGGUGGUGAGGAGGUGCUGGCGGAUCGGCUGCCUUUCCUCGGCGUACCUCUCUCGGUCAAAGAGUCCUUCGGCCUCCAGGGCAUGCCGCACACCUCCGGCAUCGUGUCCAGGCGAAGAGUGGUGGCGUCGGUCGACGCGCCGCCCGUGGCCCUGCUCAAGAGGGCGGGUGCCAUCCCGCUGGAUGUCACUAACACCAGCGAGGCCUGCAUGUGGGCAGAGUCGCACAACCACCUUUACGGCAUCACCAGCAACCCGUAUGACCUGGAGAGGAUGCCGGGAGGGAGCUCGGGGGGUGAGGGCAGCUUGCUGGCCGCGGCCGGCGCGGUUAUCGGCCUCGGCUCGGACAUCGGCGGCAGCAUCCGCAUGCCUUGCUUCUUUAAUGGAGUAUUUGGCCAUAAAACCACCCCUGGUGUGGUGUCCAACGAGAACCAGUACCCCCCGUGCACCGGCAGACACGAUGAGUACACCAGCACGGGGCCCAUGUGCCGCUACGCAGAGGACCUGCUGCCCAUGCUGAAAAUCAUGGCAGGACCAAAGGCGCAUAUGUUGUCCCUGAACGAGAAGGUGGAGCUCAAGAAGCUCCGAUUCUUCACCGUCCCGGACGACGGCGGUUCUCCUCUCACGUCUCCGGUCAGCGAAGAACUCAGACGAAUCCAGAGGAAGGUGGCGGAGCGUCUGGAAGCGGAUCUCGGGGUGUCGAUCCAAGAGGCGCGCUUCCCCGAGCUCCGCUACAGCUUCCGGAUCUGGGACGCCUACAUGGGUCUCCCGGACAAAGAGGGCAAGCCUCCGGUUUCUUUCGCCGUGGAGUUGGGAGAGCCGGGCCGGCCCGUGUGGCCCGUUUGGGAGGCGCUGAAAAGCAUGCUGGGAAAAUCUGAUCAUACCGUCGCUGCCAUUAGUGUGGCCCUUUUAGAGAAGAGGCCAGCGUCCACAUCCAUCUUCCUUGUCGGCUUGAAGGAGAAGCUGCAGAAGGACGUGGACGAGCUGCUGGGGCCCGACGGGGUGCUUUUUUACCCGUCGCAUCCCAGGGUGGCCCCUAAACACCACCACGCGCUUUUUAGACCCCUUGACUUCGCCUACACUGGAAUCUUCAAUAUUCUGGGUCUGCCCGUGACCCAGUGCCCUUUGGGGCUGAACGAGGAGGGUCUGCCCUUGGGCGUGCAGGUGGUGAGCGGGAAACUGCAAGAUCGGCUGCCCCUGGCUGUGGCUCUCUACCUGGAGAAGGCCUUCGGAGGCUGGAGGGAGCCUCCAGCUAAUGUCCACAAGAUGAAGAUGGUGUAGUGGUUACUCUAAUUGUGGGGGAUAGGCACUGACCCCUGCCAUGUAAAAUGUAACUGACACCCCCCCCCUCAAUUAUUUUUCAAACAUAUCUAUAUUAAGUUCAACCCGUAACUAUACCACAAACUAUGAUGUGAAAACACUUUUUUAUUUUUAUUUCAAAGACAUCUUAAAACAUGAAGACUCUAACUCCCACUAACAACCCAGGCUAAACUUAGCUCUCCCACACAAAGCUGGUCUCUCAGUUGAGAUCUAUCACUUCAAUAUACUUCCUUGACACCAAUUUCAAUUCUACAUUCCUAUACUGUGAAUAUGUAGGGGAUUACUGCCUUUUAUUCGUUUACUCGGUUUCACUCAGUUUGAAAAGAUAAACUGUCUUGGAAUCAUAGUUUGUGGUAUAUUGACAGUUUAAACUAUGAAAAUAGCCAGUUGUAAAUUUUUUUAGGGGGGCUCAUUUACAUUUUUUCAGUAUUCACAGCAGGGCUCGAGUAGAGUGGGUUUACUGUAACCACAAUCAACACUUGUUUGGCUGUUUGCCAUGAUUUUUAACAUUCAUGGACGUUUGAGCCGACACUGAAUGUUCCUAGAAGAAGAUCAUUUCUAUGUACACAGGGGGCUACUUCAUUUCACGUCCACUUGAUUACGCAGUACCCCGUUUCCCAACCUUUAGAACCAUGGCAUAUUGCACAAAAUCCUGUGGCACACCACCAAACAAAAAUGGUACAAAAAGUAUGUGUACUGAAAUUAAUUGUUCUGUCACUGUUUGCAUAAAUAGAUGAAUGGAGAUAUUUUAUUUGUCGUAAAUAUUUGGAGCUAUUUAGUUGAAUUGCAUAAUUUAAGUCUGCCUUUUAAAAACAUUUGUUCCGAUGGUAAUCAACUGUGAAUGCUUGUUGUAUGCUACAAAUCAUACAAAUAAAAAGAUCUUGUUUCUACUGCGCAAUGACAAGCACAGAGCCACCCA